GGGGAGGGCGGGUCAGCUGGGUGCGCGCGCCGCGGUCGAUAGGCCGCAGGGCGCCGGCGCGGGGCUAUCGAGCCCACACGGGCCGCCGCCGCCGCCGCCGCCGCCCGCCGCCGUCAUGCAUGCGGGGACCUAGCGGCUGCACGCGCGCGGGCCUCAUGGGCACCGUGCUGAGCUUCAGCCCGCGCGAGCGGCGUGUGCCCGUCGCCGCGCCGCCCGUCGACCGCGCCGCGCUCGCCUACUCCUACGAGCGCCUCAACAACGCCAAGAACCGCGAAAACCGAGACAUACCCAGGGACGAGCGCCGAGCGACCCUCGACGACGCCGCCAAAAUCAUCUCCGAGAAGACCGCCUUGGAGAAGAACCUGAAAAAGCACUCGUUGUUCAUCAACGCGCUGUCGUGGAAGCGGUUUUCGACGGCAAACAACAACAAAAAGAAAUUAGAAUGCAAGAGCAAAAGUGUGGCGACGUUCCGUGCGCCGCUGACGGACAAUGCACCGUUGGACAGGAACAAAAAUGUGAGCGUGCAAGGUGUGUACGCGCGGCCCGCGCCGCUGCCCGCGCCGCUCGUGCCCUCCGCGGACGUCGCGCGAGCGAACGCUCUCAACAACAACGUGUGUUACACGGAGAAGCUGCCCACAUCUGUCGUAGGGCCAGUAGUAGCUCCUCGGAAGACGGUGAUCCAAGCGUCGACAUCAGAGCUGUUGAAGUGCUUGGGCAUGUUCCUCCACUCGCGGUGUCACAGACUGCGGGACUUCCAAGCGGGAGACGCGGUCAUGUGGCUGCGGACGGUAGAUCGCUCGUUGCUGUUGCAGGGAUGGCAGGAUGUGGCGUUUAUAAACCCGGCCAACGUGGUGUUCGUGUACAUGUUAGUGCGGGAGCUAGUGGACGGCGAGCGCAUCGCGAGACCGCAGGACCUGCAGGCCGUCGUGCUCACCUGUCUCUACCUCUCCUACUCCUACAUGGGCAACGAAAUCUCUUACCCCCUCAAACCCUUCCUCGUUGAGGACUCUAAGGACAAAUUCUGGGACCGAUGUCUGUUGAUCGUCGAUCGACUUUCCUUCAACAUGCUCAGGAUUAAUUCGGAGCCUGGUUUCUUCACGGAAGUGUUCACGGAGUUAAAAGCGUGCGGGGCGGUGGAGAGCCCUCCCCCCGCGCCGACGCACCCCGCGCCUGCCCCUCCACACGCCCUUACGGCCGCCUGACACACAGAGGUGGCAGUCUUGAGGCUGGCGCUGACGGACCGCCCCAGUCGCGUCUGAUGCUAGCUCUGGACUACCGAAGGUCUUGGUCAAUCGUCCUCUAUCUAAUCGUCCAAUCUUUCGAGCACGUUUGAGAUAUUUACGACCAUUAUGGAGAAUAGUUGAAUAUUUUCAUAGAUCUAUGGUGUGUUGCUCUGUCACGGUAAGAUAUAAAGGGUGUUGUCUUUGGGGAUUGUUAGAAUGUGCGUCAUAGUUAAGAUAUUGAUGUGAUUUAAGGCAAGUCGGAUUGGUAAUUAAAUUUAUGGAGUUAGAGUUUAACUUAAUUGUUGGAGAAAUUUUGAUAGCACGAAUAAGUAGGAUUUGAGUGAUGGUAAAAAAAUACGAUCGAUUUCAAGAUGAACACGUUAUUUGCUCAACACUACGGUUUUAUCACUUGAAUAUUAGAAGGAUUGACCAAGACUUGAAGUAAAGCAGUAAAAGGCGAGACGAGAACGAAUGUUCGCCAUUUUGGCGAACAAACGCCUGGGCAACUUCAAUAUUGUUAGAUAGAAAGUGAUAAAUUGGUAAAUUAGUUCAGACGUUGUCACAAUAAAACUUGUUUACGUAGCGUCAAACGUAAAUUAAAAAAUAAAAGUUUCGAAUUGUUGGUUUCGAAUGAGGCUUAGGACGUAACUCGCUACCUCUCGCCGCAGACGAGCUAGGAACCUAGCAUAUGUCGCGAACGACUCGAUCCUUUUAGCAUCAAUGUCCAAUCUUUUGCUAGGAUAUCGAUAAAUAUUAUGACAAGAGCGCACCACAUAAAUGGCGAACAGCGCGAAAUACAUAACAGUAAUGUAUUUAUAUUUGAAAUGCUCUAUAAUCAGAUUAAGGUAUCGAUGCUAAAUGGAAAUCUUCUAUGGCCAUUGGGCUGGAGAGUGCAACAUUUACGCCGUGGUAAGCACUCACCUACCACGUUAAAUUUGUUGAUGAUGCACUUAAGUAGAUAAGUAAUAGUCUGGAGUUUCUUUCUUGAGCUGCCAUUGCAGCAGUAUUUAGUCCAAUAGAAAGCGGUUAGUUAGUAAGUAAGAGUUUCAGUAGUGAAAUGAUCGUAUGCCAUAGUUAGGUGAUAUUAUCCAUGGUACAAAAACGAUGUUUUAUAAAGAUCUAGACAAAAGGAGUCAAAACAGAAAUCUCAAAAAUUUCCUUCCUAGGCUGGAUGUGCGUGAAUAAUUGUUACCCUAGUGCACACCAAAAAUUGUUCUUGGAAAAAAUACUUAGAAAAUUUUACCCUUUCUAGGUGUGAUACAUCUAUGCCAUGGGAAUUUAUUCAUAAAUGUUCAGAUUACGUACGUUUUAUUGUACCAUGAUUUAGAAGAAACUGGCAGGCGGGAGGAUGCAAUAAAAAAAGAAGAAAAUACUCUCUGGUGAACCCUUCAAUGAAGUGUACGUAUAUUUAGGCUGAGAGCAGGACGACUUGAGGCAAUGAAAUUAUAUUAAAAAAUAGGUCAAAUUUUGCGGAUGAAAUAAGCGUUUUGUACAGUUAUAAUAAUUGAUACACUAAGUCUAUAGCAUAGUUUAGAGAAUGAAUUGUAGGCACUCGGUCUGUGGAAGGUCAAAAAGCCUUGGAGCGUUCUAACUUUGCAUUAUUUAAAUAUGUGGUACAUAGAAACCUAAACUUUGUAUUUUAAAAAAUGUAAAAAUUAUAUACAUUUUCACAAAAUUACAUGGUAUGCAAAGGCUUAUAAAUAAUUGUCAAUUCUCAAUAGAACUGCCUGAAUUAAUUAAGUACAUAUAAAUUAAAUGAAUUCGUGUAAUUAAACUACAUAUAACUACGCGUAUGUGUGUACCUCAUAUUUUAAUGAUAAUCUAGUAAAUUGCUAAUCAGAAGUCAUCUACAUUAUUGUAAUGUACUUACAUUUAUGUAGCUACCAACUAAUUAUAACCACCUUUUAUGCAUACUACUCAUGAUUUGAGUCUCAUAAUUGUAAAAAAACGACGUGUACGAAGAACUAUUUUUUUUUUCUGUAUCAAAUUCAAAUCAAGUUAUAAUCAUAAUAUAACUUGUCUUUAGACAUUAUAACUACAAUAUCUAGUAAAAGAAUUUGCUAUUUAAUUAUAUUUCUUAGGUACGUUCUUUAUUUAUUACAUUACGUAAUGCCACAUGAUGAAAUGCUUUGGUGAAAUUUACAAUUUUGCCGCUCUUUCUGUGUUGAAUGAAGUGAAGUAUUCAAUAAAAAAAAAAAUAUUACUUCCGGACCCGCGCGUGGGGCUCUUUCUAAAUCUAUGGUUACUUCUAUAUAUUUAUGCAAUGUACCGAGUGCCAUAGAUAAGCUGUUUAGUCAAGUGUGUCAUAUGCGGAUGGUUAAAUCAUGGAUUUAGUACGUACUUUGCACGCUACUAAUUCCAUGAGUUAAAUAGACUAAGUAUUACCAUUAAAGAAUCUCAGUAAAAUGUUCCAAGUCACGAAGGUUAAGUCAAGUAGUUGUCUGUGAUGUUUAUUGAAUUAGAUUUGUGUUCGUGAUUACAUGUUUUGUUAUUUUUUUCAAUCGUUGUAUCUGUACUAAGUAUUUAUUGUAUUUAAACAAUAAGGCAAUAACAAUAGUCUCACAUCUUUAUAUUAUGAUUAAUGUAAAGAUACUGGGUUGUAUUUGGGAUGAAUAUGGGCAAAAACAGUGGUGUAUUUUUUGUUGGAGCUCAUUUACCAAUCCAUAAUAAAUCCCUGUGUCUGUAUCACUUAAACAUUGCAUAGAAUGUAAUUUAGCUUAAUGAGUACAUGCUGUACUUGGAAAAUGGUCGGUCGAAAAUAAUCAUGAAAGACUUUCAAGUCUAUAAAUGAGGGCUAACGCGAUUGAAUUCGCCACUAGGGGCGUUGGUGUCAAGCCAAGUCUAGUCCAAGGGAAUUUGGAAUGUUUGUCCUGAAUGACACUGUUUAUUUUAAGAGACAUCCAUGGAACCAGGAUCUCACUCGACCAGUGGCGCCAACUAGUGAGCGAAAAAUGAUAGCCUUCAUUUGAUAUUAUGUAUAUAAUUAUAUUAAAUCACUGUAUUGUACCUUUUAGAUUUAUUUCGUAACAUUCAACGUAGCCAUACAUUCCAAUUAAUAAUAGUUAAGUGUAAGCGGUCCCAAUGAUCUCUGGAUUCUCUGGUAAUAUUAUGAUAGCAAACUUUGAUAUUCUGUGUGAAUGUGUAACGAAGUAAUACAGGGGGCUUACCAUUAUCUCUUAACGCGGUCCAUUUUACGACCUAAACUGAUCUGCAUCUCAAAUUCGACCAUCGACUUAAUUUUUAGUAUGAAUGCGAUUUAUUUUAGGUUCCUAAAUUUGAACUAAAUUGCAUUGGAAUCGUUCUGUAAAAGUUGAUGGUAGGCCUGCUAUUCAAGUACCACUUCUAACAUUAUCCAUGUAACUCACGUUUGUUAAUAAUUAAUCUAUUAUAAAUAUACCCAAUUAUUUAAAAAAACUUUCGUAUACAUACA